UGAGCACCCUGGAUGGAUGAGCUCAACCUCACAGUGGUGACUGAGUUCAUCCUGCUGGGCGUCACAGAUCGUCCAGAGCUGCAGGCCCCACUGUUUGUACUUUUCCUCGUGAUCUACCUGACCUCGCUGGUGGGCAACUUGGGCAUCAUCAUCCUCACCCAGGUGGACUCCAGGCUGAAAAUGCCCAUGUACUUCUUCCUCAGACACCUAGCUCUCACUGAUCUUGGUUACUCUACAGUUAUAGGACCUAAAAUGUUGGAAAAUUUUGUAGUGGCUCAAAAUACAAUUUCAUUCUAUGGUUGUGCUACACAGCUGACUUUCUUUAUUGCGCUUAUUGUUUGUGAGCUGUUUAUAUUGUCUGCCAUGUCCUAUGACCGCUAUGUAGCCAUCUGUAAACCUCUGCUGUACACUGUCAUCAUGUCACCAAGAGUAUGUUGGGUAAUAGUGGUGAUUGCUUAUCUCUACAGCACAUCUGUGUCUCUUCUGAUUACUAUAAAGAUUUUCACUUUGUCCUUCUGUGGAUACAAUGUCAUCAGUCAUUUCUACUGUGACACUCUCCCCUUGUUAUCUUUAGUUUGCUCUGACACCCAUGAAAUUGAAGUGAUAAAUGGAAUCUUAGCAGCUUUUAAUUUGAUUUCCUCUCUUCUGAUGGUGUCCGUGUCCUACCUGCUCAUCCUCGUAGCCAUACUGAGGAUGAACUCUGCAGAGGGCAGGCGCAAGGCCUUUUCCACAUGCGGGUCCCACCUGACCGUGGUCACAGUGUUCCAUGGGACUUUGAUGUUUAUGUAUGUGCAGCCCAGAUCCAGCCAUUCCAGUGACACUGACAGAGUGGCUUCUGUAUUUUAUACUCUGGUCAUCCCCAUGUUGAAUCCAUUGAUCUAUAGCUUGAGAAAUAAAGAUGUAAAAUAUGCCCUGCAAAAGAUAUGGGAAAGGGGCUGGGGAUUUAGGUCAGUGGCAUAAGUGCCUGCCUGGCAAGUGCUAGAUCAUGUGUGAGUUGAAUCACAAUUACCAAAGGAAAAAGAAAAGGGGGAAAAAAAACCACUAUGUAAUAUCUUUUCUAAAAAUUCUCAGACUUAUGUUUCCUAUAAAUGAAGUUGAGUUUGAACCCAUUCCCUUUAUUUACUCUAGAAAGUGAAACAAACACAUUGCACUUAUUAUAUACUUUUAUAUACCUAGAUUUUAUAAUUUUUGUACUAGAUAUAUUUGUAUAAACGUGAGAAAUGGGAAUAUUCCCUUUAUUAUAAAACUUGAAAACAGUGUGACAGGAAACAAAAUCGGUUUACAGUCCACAGCCCCCAUGGGGAGUAAGCUAAGUAGUCUAUCCUUGGUGAAUCAGGAGAAAUAGCUGGCAUGUGAAUGAAAUGGGUUUUGUGAGAUUUGCCAACAUUGCGAUAAAAUUUCCAACAUCCACUUAUGCCUGGGAGCGCCUCUGAAUGUGUGUGUAAGCACGGUGUUUCCUUGAUUCUCUGUGUACUUCUAUAAAGUUUGUGAAGGUCGAAAAGUGAUUGCAAGUUCAGCUGGCUCCUUCAAAUGUAAUAAUCUGAGGGCAUGCGUGGUGAUAAUGUGCUCAAAAGUUCCGCUGGUGGACUUAGACUGCGUCUUUUUCUCUUGCUGAUGUGUUUUCGUAUAUGCUUCCUGUAGGUCAAAACACCUCCACUGGGUUGUGUAUUGCAAUACAACAUUUGAUUUGCUCCAUUUAGUGAGAAUGUGAGAAUGUGUUAUGAGUUUGCACUCCAUUGAA